AUGAAUAUGAGCAUGUUCAUUCAUUUUGGUGAUCGCGAAAUUAUACUGUUCAGUUUUUGGAAAACAGGAUCGUUUUGGGGGUUGGCAGUUUCCCUUUUAAUCACAUUCUUAUUAUGUUUUGUUCAUGAAGGUAUCAAGGGUGCUCGUAUACUUUUGGCUCAAAGUCAUAAUAUGAACCGUAGAAGACAAGCUGCCAUCCGUGGAAACAGUUCCAUUGGCGAUAACAUAUCUGCUGAUAGUGUUACAUUUGCACCUUUGUUGAAUUUGAAUGGAUUCACAAAGAGAUUGUUCACUAAGUACAGGAUUAUUCAAGCAGCUCUUUAUGGACUUCAGGUUCUUCUUGCUUUUGUACUGAUGCUUAUUGCUAUGACAUUCAAUGGAUAUCUAAUAAUAUGCAUAGUUGUAGCAGAAUCAAUUGGUUAUUUCCUUUUCUCUGGAACUCCUAUUGUGGAUGGAGGAAAUGAUUGUUGUUAG